AUGAUAUUCAAAACAAGUACACCGAAAAAACGAACUUUAACACCAUUACCACGAUCAUCAACACCGAAUCAUUUUUAUAAUCUUAUCACGAAAAAGAUCAAAGACACUAAUAAUCGACCAGAGAUUAUAGGUGAAAAUUGUUGUCGACCAGUAAUAAAACUUGAUUCACUUCUUUAUCGUCCAAAAACUGAAUGUUAUCCUCAUCAAAAUGUUAAACAAACAUGGGCGAUCUAA